AUGUUGGAAUGUGUAGAAAGUGAACAACCUACAGAUGAACUAAAAAUAAACAUAUUGCAAGCUAUACAAAUCAACACUGAUUUGCAAAAUAACAUUUCUCAAACUAUAGACUUGGCACUUGAUAAUCUUACUAAUGCACUUGAAGCUCUUCAUACUCAUUUUACCUAUUCAAUGCCAGUUGAUGAAUUUUUGUCUAUUUCUAAAGAAGAUAUUGUUUACAAAGUUCCUAAUAAUGAUCAGAUUAUUGAAGAACUUAUAGACACAUUCAGACCAGUUGAUCUAACUGAUGACGAUUUAGAAGUUGAAGAGGAUAGCAUUAAAAUUCCUAUUAUUAGUGCUGACAUAGUAAUUGAAAGCUUAGAAAUUGUAUGCAUGUUUCUACUCCAGCAGGAUACUGCAGAUGAAUAUAUUAAAACCAUCAAAAAAGUUGAAAAAUUUAUUAAAUAA